CAAUAUACUGGAAUUCUGUACUUCCUUCUCUGAGCUUCCUUUUUCACACACUCUCUCUCUCUCUUGCAGAAGGAAGUAGCAGAUCUCUACUUCCAUUCUUUCUCUCUCUUGGAAUGUGAAUCUGAUUUCCGGUUUGCCGCCCCACAGGCAUUCAUAUUCAGCUAGCUUUUUUCUGGGGUUUUUUUUUUUUAAUACUCUGAGCCACCACCGGCACGGCGGCGCCACCAUGCCCACCACCGCCUCUUUCUUUCUUCUUCUUCUCUUCGUCUUGUUCUUUGCCACCGUUUCCUCUGAUAAUCGUCGCAUUCUGCAUCAGCCUUUGGUCCCAUUAGAUUCUAUUCCUCCUUCUCCUUCGCCUCCGGGCCCCACCACUCCGGAUUACCCGUUUUCCGCUUCCACUCCUAACAACUCUCCGUUCUUUCCGGAGUACUCUUCACCUCCUUCUCCGCCUUCUCCGCCGUCUCCGGCGUCUCCGUCGUCAUUCGCUUCCUUUCCGGCCAACAUCUCUUCCCUUAGCGUCCCGCAGACCACGAAACCGAAGCCAGCCUCUUCGAAACUCGUCGCCACCGCCGUCGCCUGCGUCGUCGCCGCCGUGAUUGUCGUCUCCAUUGCAGUUGCCUUGCAUAUUCGGAGGGUGAGGAGUCGUUGUUCUUCCAGUGAGGACAAGACCGAGAGAUCCGAUGCCAGUACUCGAUUCAAUUACGGCGGUAAUGCGGGCGGCGGUGGUGGUGUUCCAGCUAUCCCGAAGCUUCGGAGGCCAUCUCAACCCAGCUCCGAGUUUCUGUACUUGGGAACUAUGGUGAAUUCUCGUGGAGGCAUUGAACCGCACAAUCAGCAAAACUCUCCCAGCACCACCGCCACCACCACUAGUGCCGCAAAUUCGAGAAAAAUGGAGUCGCCGGAGCUGCAACCCCUGCCGCCGCUUCGCGGGCGGAACUUGAGACAAAAUUAUGAGAAUGCUGAGCCCGGUUCUGGUAGGGACGAAGACGAUGAAGAGGAAUUUUACUCUCCCGGAGGAUCGUUGGGCGGUAGAGAGAGCUCAAUCGGAACUGGAUCCUUUUCCGUUUCCAGGAGGGCUUUCGCCGCCAUAGAGGCUGAGAAUUCCGGUGGCUCCAACUACUCAUCUUCAUCUUCCUCUUCCUCAUCUUCGAGUUCGGGUUCGGGCUCACCCAGGAGGUCUGUAUCUUUGAGCACUUCGCCGCCGGGGAGUUCGAGCCCAAAAAGCUCGAGGCCCAAGUCGCCUGAAUUGGCUGCCGUUGAUACUACCGCCUUUUUACCUCCUCUUCAACCCCCGCUCUCUGUGGGACAAUCGGCGAGUGUGAGAAAAUCUCAGUCACCGUCUCCUGCCUGUUCAUCUUCUCCAGAGAGAGGUUCAAGAAAAAGUAUAGACUCUUCUCCAAGAUCUUCUCACGUCUGGGAUCAGAAUAUAGAUUCUCCAGUUAGAAUCAACAGUCUAAGUCUAAAUUCUCCUGCGAGAAUCAGCAGCCCAGUAGUGGAUUCUCCGGUGAGAAUCAGCAGUUCAGCAGUGGAGUCUACGAUGAGAAAUGAUAGCCCUGUUAUGGAAUCUCCGCCAAGAAUCAACAGCCCUGUUAUGGAGUCUCCUCCGGUGAGAAUAAGCAGUUCAGGAUUGAGGUCUCCAGCAAGAAGUUGCAGCCCAGUGGUAGAGUUUCCAGCAAGAAUCAGCAGUCCUGAGAUUGAUUAUCCAGCAAGAAUAAGCAUUUCAGCAGUGGAGUCUCAGGUGAGAAUAAGCAGCCCAAUAAUGGAGUCUUCAGAGAGAGCCAGUAGCCCUGUAAUGGAAUCUCCGCCAAGAAGAAUGAACAGCCCAAUAAUGGAGUAUCCGGAGAGAGCUGGUAACUCUCUUAUGGAAUCUCCACCAAGAAUAAUCAACAGCUCAAUAAUGGAGUCUCCGGAGAGAGCUGGUAACUCUCUUAUGGAAUCUCCACCAAGAAUAAUCAACAGCUCAAUAAUGGAGUCUCCGGAGAGAGCCAGUAGCCCUGUAAUGGAAUCUCUGCCGAGAAGAAUGAACAGCCCAAUAAUGGAGUCUCCGGAGAGAGCUGGUAGCUCUCUUAUGGAAUCUCCACCAAGAAUAAUCAACAGCUCAAUAAUGGAGUCUCCGGAGAGAGCUAGUAGCCCUCUUAUCGAUUCUCCGCCAAGAAGAAUGAGCAGCCCAAUAAUGGAGUCUCCGGAGAGAGCCAGUAGCCCUCUUAUGGAAUCUCCGCCAAGAAGAAUCAACAGUCCAAUAAUGGAGUCUCUGGAGAGUGCCUGUAGCCCUCUUAUGGAAUCUCCUCCAAGAAGAAUGAGCAGCCCAAUAAUGGAGUCUCCGGAGAGCCCCAGUAGCCCUCUUAUGGAAUCUCCUCCAAGAAGAAUGAGCAGCCCAAUAAUGGAGUCUCCGGAGAGAGCCAGUAGCCCUGUUAUGGAAUCUCCACCUAGAAAAAUGAACAGCCCAAUGCUGGGCUCUCCGGAGAGAGCCAGUAGCCCUCUUGUGGAAUCUCUGCCAAGAAGAAUCAACAGCCCAAUAAUGGAGUCUCUGGAGAGCCCCAGUAGCCCUUUUAUGGAAUCUCCACCAAGAAUCAACAGCCCUGGUGAGGAGUCUCCUGUGAGAAUCAGUGAUCAAGGCAUGGAGUCUCCUCUGAGAAUCAGCAGCCCUGUUAUUGGCUCACCUGCAAGAAUAAGCAGUCUAGAAGUGGAGUCCCCGACGAGGAUAAGCAGCAGUGUUAUUGAUUCUCUUCCAAUAAUCAACAGUCCAGUAGUAGAGUUUCCAGCAAGAAUCAGUAGCCCUAUAGUGGAAUCUCCACCGAGAAUCAACAACCCUAGUAUGGAGUCUCCUGUGAGAAUCAGCAGCCCUGGUAUGCAGUCUCCUGCAAGAACCAGUAGCCCUGUUAUGGAACCUCUGGUGACUAUCAGCUAUCCUGUAAAGGAUAAUGUCCUAAUUUUGGCUUCACCUAGUAUUGAGUGUUCCAUGGACAACCCCAGUUCUAGUAUGGAGUCGCCCGUGUUAACCAGCCCUCUACAUCAAAAUCUCCCAACUUUGGUUCCACCACAGCCUCCAGUACCACACAUUAGUAUUCCAUCUAGGCCACCUCCUCCUCCUCCACCACCUCCCCCAAGUAAACACUGGGAGAGUCCAAGAACUCCCAACACUCGACCUCAAAAACUAGUAUCUGAACCUCCUGUCUUGGUGAAUCCUUUAAGGCCCAUUGCAAUUGAGAGUCCAACAUUGAUAUCUCCAAUUCAGUUGCCUUCUCAUUUAGAGCCUGCCGAGAUGAAUUCAGAUAUUGCUGAAAGUUGUUCAAGUGAGAAUGUUGAGAAAAAUGAAGAGACGCCGAAACCAAAACUGAAGCCAUUGCACUGGGAUAAAGUGAGAGCAAGUUCUGAUCGUGAAAUGGUGUGGGAUCAAUUGAAGUCGAGCUCAUUUAAAUUGAAUGAAGAGAUGAUUGAGACAUUAUUUGUUGUAAAUACUCCAAAUAUGAAUCCAAAAGAAUCAGUCCAGCGCCCAACUCUUCCCACACUGAGCCAAGAUAAUAGAGUGCUUGAUCCCAAGAAAUCACAGAACAUUGCAAUUUCGCUUAGGGCCCUAAAUGUCACCACUGAGGAAGUUUGUGAUGCUCUUUUAGAAGGAAAUGCUGAUACCCUUGGUACUGAGCUUCUUGAGAGUUUGAUGAAGAUGGCUCCAACCAAAGAAGAAGAGCGCAAGCUUAAAGAGUAUACAGAUAAUUCACCAUUCAAGCUUGGACCAGCAGAGAAAUUUCUCAAGGCAGUGCUUGAUGUACCUUUUGCAUUCAAAAGAGUAGAUGCAAUGCUCUAUAUAUCCAAUUUUGAAUCUGAGGUCGACUACCUCAAAAAGUCAUUCGAAACACUCGAGGCUGCAUGCGAAGAAUUGAGAAGUAGCAGGAUGUUCUUAAAGCUCCUGGAGGCUGUUCUGAAGACUGGAAACCGCAUGAAUGUUGGGACGAAUCGAGGAGAUGCACAUGCAUUCAAACUUGAUACUCUCCUCAAGCUAGUCGAUAUCAAGGGUGCUGAUGGAAGAACAACUCUCUUGCAUUUUGUUGUUCAGGAGAUAAUAAGAAGUGAAGGUGCUCGUCUUUCUAGUGCAAACCAAUACGAGACGUCAAUUGUUGCUGAUGAUGCAAAGUGCCGGAAGCUUGGUCUGCAGGUUGUUUCCAGCCUCAGUUCAGAGCUAACAAAUGUGAAGAAAGCUGCUGCCAUGGAUUCAGAAGUCCUCCAUAGUGAUGUCUUAAAGCUCUCUAAAGGGAUCCUUAACAUUAACGAAGGGAUGGUAUUGGAUGAAAGCUACAGCCAAAAGUUUUCUGAAUCAAUGAACAGGUUCACAAAAAUGGCGGAGGAAGAGAUUAUAAAACUCCAAGCCUUAGAAAGCGUAGCCAUGUCUCUCGUUAAGGAGAUAACUGAAUACUUCCAUGGGAAUUCAGCCAAAGAAGAGGCUCACCCAUUCAGAAUUUUCAUGGUGGUGAGGGACUUCCUAAUGAUUCUUGAGCGCGUGUGUAAAGAAGUUGGAAUGAUAAAUGAGCGAACAAUAGUCAGUUCUGCUCACAGGUUCCCAGUUCCUGUAAAUCCCAUGCAGUUCCCAGUUCCAGUAAACCCCAUGCUGCAGCCAGUGGCCAGUCUAUUCCCUGGGAGACACCAAUCCAGUUCCUCCGGUGAUGAGAGCUCUUAGCGGGUGAAUCAGCCUAUUUUUCCAUCCAGGCAAAGACGAACAUAAAAGCUAGGCUAACUAGGAGCUCAUCUGAGAUUAUGGCUACCGAUUUUAUAGGUAUGUGUAAUCUUUUUUGUUUCUGUAUCUGUAUUUAUAAGCAUAUAAUGUAAAACAUUUUGGUGUUUGUUAGAGAUGUAUACAUAGCUGAUUUUGGAGAACUUUUAUGUCCUGUCAAUAUGUAAAUUAUUGCCAUCUUUUUUAUUUGUAGUGAAAAUGGACAAAUUUGGUACCA